AUGUCAGAAGAAGAGCAGAAACGUUUCGCUAGUGUUGUUGCCGACUGCGUGAAAACAUCAACUGAGCUGCUAAAUGUGGCCAAGGAAUUCUGUAUUCAACUUCAAAAAGAAAAAGAACGAGAUGGAAUAUCGUUCUAUGAAGUGAAAAAUCACGAUUUGCUUGCAUACACGCGUGAUUUGGUUUAUUUGAUGUAUCAAAUGAGUAUUGGAAACAGUAUACAGGGUGAUCCAGCUAUUGAGCGUUUGGUUUAUUUGAGAACGGUUUUGGAACGAAUGCGCCCUAUUGAACAGAGAAUGAAAAGCUAUGUUGAAAAAUUAGUUUUACUUGCAUCCGACCCAACAAACAGUGGUACAAAGAUAUUACGGCCACAUCCAGAACGACUGCAAGUGGACGAUGAAAAUGAGGAGUUAGAUUUAGGAGAUGGUGGCGAUGAAGAUGAUUCGAAAGAAACGAAAUCUAAAAAAUAUGUUCCACCGAAAAUUAUGGCCGUACAUUACAAUGAAGAUGAGGAAGAAGUGGAAAGACGAAAAAUGGAGCGGGCAAGGCGGCGAGCAAUGCAGAGUAGCUUGAUACAAGAUCUGCAAGCACAAUAUAGUGAAGCUCCGGAAGAAUUCCAGGAUGACAAUAUAGUAAGGAAAAGAAAGCAAGAAGAUAUUGAGAAGCGAAAAUAUGAAGAGGACUAUUUUAUUCGUCUGCAAGUAACGAAGAAAGAGAAGCACAUUAAAAAAAUUCAAGAUCGGCAGAAUAUUUUGGAUGAACUGCUCCAGUUUGGUAGUUAUAUGGCAGUGAAAGAUACCAAAAAAGGUACUGACAAUACAGCACGCGGUAGUGCUAGUGGAAGGCGCAGGAAAAUUGGAAAGAACAGUAAAUUUUCCAAAAAAUUACAUCAUGCUGGUGCAAAAGGAAAAAAGGGAAAAACGAAAUCCAGAAAGAAAUAA